AUGAGAACCUCCAAAGCACUUUUCCCCCUCGCCCUCUGGCCGUCCACCCACGCCACCACCCCCCAAUCAUCGAAGCCCACCAGCGAAGUCCCCGACUGGCUCAAGAACUACGACUUCGACCCACCCCUCACAUGCCGCUCCUCUCCCGCGGGUCCGCUAAACCCCAGCAACGAAGCGCUAACAUGCCCGCCCCUCGUCGACGACGAGACGGCGCUUGCGAAGCGCUCGUGGCGCCCGUGGACGUACCCGCCGGUGUGCGUGGAGCCGGAGGAGGAGGCGACGCAAGACGCGCAGCGGCUCUGCGUGUUCACGCACGCCAGGUUCCGCGGCGAGGCGGGGCUGAGCGUAGUCACGACGCCGGAGACGGCGGCGGCUGGGGUCGGGGUCGGGGUUCUCGAGGACCGGGACCCGGUGUGGGAGGGCUGGGCGCGGGACCACCACCACCACAACCACCACCAGCAUCCACUCGUCGUCGCCACCCCCCCGCCGCCGCCGCCGUACGAGAUCCGGGAGCUCGAGGGCAAGGGGCUGGGGGUGGUCGCGAACCGCACGAUUAGAAUGGGAGAGGUUGUGCUGCGCCAGCACCCGGUGCUCCUGCGGAUCCUGGACCCGCGGCGCUGGAAGCACGCGGACGUGAUGAGGCUGCUGCACCGCGCGGUGGUGCAGCUGCCGCUGCGGGAGGGCAGGCAGGUGAUGGAGCUGGCGCGCGCGAAAGGGGGGUAUGUGGUUGAUGAUAUCGUGAACACGAAUGCGUUUGGCGUGCUGCUCGACGGGAUCGAGCAUUCGGGGUUGUAUCUUGAGGUUUCGAGGAUAAAUCACGCCUGCAGGCCGAACAUGUUUAGUCGGUUCUCGUCCACGACGUUGGGGAUGGAGGUAGUGGCGUAUAGAGAUAUUGAGCCAGGCGAAGAACUCACAUUCAGCUACACGCCAUUGAACCUCCUCUCCGAACAGCGACAGUCACUAAUCCGCGAAUGGGGCUUCAACUGUACCUGCCCUCUCUGCAGUUCCCCCCAGGACAGCGCUAUUUCCGACCGCCGCCGGGGCAAGAUCCAGGAUCUGCUCGGGGAGCUGGACCGUCCCGAGGUGCGGAACCAUGAGGGGGUGAAGAAGAGGGUCGAUGAGAUAUUGGACCUGUGCGAGAAGGAGCAGCUGGCGGCGCAGGUGGGCGAUUUCCACACGAUUGUCGCGGAGGUCUAUGCCGAGAUGGGUGAUUUGGGGCUGGCGAGGACGCAUGCGGAGGUGGCGAGGAGGGAGUUGAUGUAUUUUGCGGGCUAUGACCACGAACGGACGAGGAACAUUGAUUCGUUUUUGGAGAGUUUGGAGGAGGGGAAGUGA